UGACAAUUUUCACUUAGUGCUUGUAUUUACUGUGGAUUGCAUCUUACAUCCAAAAAGAACUGAAGUUUCAAGUGUAUUUUCCAUUAGUACCGAGUACAGAAAACCUGUAAUUCUAAGAGACACUGGGUAUGAGGAAGACAGGAGAAGAUGUGGAGAUCAUACACGGAAGACACUAUUCACAUUAAAUAUGGGGAUCAUGAUUACAAACUGAGAGACAUAGUGUUAGGUGCGUAAACAAUGUCAAAGAUCAGAACCCUGAAUGAGAUUGGGCAGCUGGAGUCGUCUGGCUAUGGCGUGCCUUGUCCCAGACAUGGCCUGCAUCUACUCUACUGGUUCUGCAACGACUACGUCUCCUUUGACAACAACGGAGACCUAGUGGCCUUAGAACACCCCAAAGGGAAAAAGUAUGGCUUCCACUGGUUUGGUAACCAUGGCGAGGAUGAUGGUCAACUGCUCCCACAACAGAACACUCCUUACUAUGAAGUGGGCAACCUGUUUGCCCCAGGAGCCGGAGACCUGCCUGAGUAUGUGAGGUUAAACUUCAGACGUGACAGUAACCUCAGCAACAUGGAUCGCAUCAUCAUAAGCCUCCUUCUUAAGCCACCUUCACGGUUGAUAGUGGACAAGGUCUACGUAACCCAGCACAUCGACAGGUCCAAGUUCGAUCGUCAGAACACCUUCUGCAUCAGUAAAGGUUUAGUGUUGAUCCUCCGUAACCUGGAUCUGGAGGACGGGGUGCUGUGGCAGGUGGGCUACCUCUCCCAGACAGUUCGCCCCGCCCAGCUGCCCCGCCCCGCCCAGCUGCCCCGCCCCGCUCAGCUGCCCCGCCCCGCCCAGCUGCCCCGCCCCGCCCAGCUGCCCCGCCCCGCCCAGAGCAGAGGAGGGUGGAGGCCAGAUGAUGAUGUUGUCAUCAGGAUGCCACAUGAGAGUUUACGGCCAAAGAAGUGUUGCAACUGUGUGAUUUUGUAGUCUGGACCAGAGUGAUGAAGGGGGCUUAAGAAGCCCGAUAGGCCCACCUCUUCCAGCUCCACCUGGAGGCCCACCUCUUCCAGCUCCACCUGGAGGCCCACCU